GAAAAUCUUGAUUGACAACUCAAAUGGUUUUUACAAAAAACAAAAAUAAAAACCAAAAACUUGAUUGGAUGAAAAAUGGUUUCUACAGAAACAAAAACCAAAAACUAAAUCAAAAAUCACAAACAAUCAAACUUGAUUUUAGGGUAUAUUUAAUUAUGAGUUCAUAAUCCAAUAUUUUUUUUUUAGUUUGAUCAGAGAUUAUGGGUUUGUGACCCGAUUGAGACCUUUAAAUUAAACAAAGCUAUUCGAUCCUGGAAACUAAUAGUUCUGAUUCGUUCCUUGACCACCGUCAAAAAAAAUUGAUGAUCUCAUAGGUGUUUGAUUUAGAAUUUUCCGGGUAAAUGCUUUACUACUACUUUCACUUGCGCUAUUUGAACUAUGCUCUAGAUAAAUCAAAGGCUAAAUCGUAAUAUCAAAUGAAUCUUGUUUUACGAUAUUUUAGUGUAUGAGUUUUACAUGAACCGAAUUCGAAUCCAAAUGGAUAUCUGAAACACUCAUAAAUUCAAAAUUCAAUUAAAAAAUCAUACCAAACUCAAGACCAAUCCCGAAUAAAUAUACAAAAUACUCUAAAAUACUACUGAGUACCUAAAAAGUAUCUAUUACAAGAAUAAUUAACUUAAAUACUUAGUUUUGUAUUUUGUAACAUAUUGAUGUUUUAUGUUUUGGCAAUUGCAUUUGAAGUUCAGUUUAUGAAUAAGUUUGAUAUUGAAGUUUAAACAAUGUGGCUUUAUUUUAAAGUUUAAAUAAUGUUUCUUACGUUUAUAGAGUUGUUAAUUGAUAAUUUUAAUUUGUUUAUGUUUCUCUCCUAUUUAAUACCAUUUAUGAAAUACGUUUUUGUUAGUGUAAAUUAUUUAAACUUGUCAAGCUUACAAAUUAAAUUGUGUACUUUCGAAUCACAAAUAAAUAUUUGGGGAACUGAAACCCAAAGAUAAAACGAGUUCAACUGUUUGUGAUGUAUUUACUAUAUCUGAACUGAACUCGACGAAAUUUAAACACAAUUCGAACCAAAUUUUAAAAUGAAAGGAAUAUUUUUUUUCCAAAUAAUCAAAAUCCGAUUGAACUCGAACCGAAACCUAAUUUAUCCACACGGUGAAGCCUUGAGAAAUUGACUAGGCUUUGAAAAGUGGCCCUAGACCAAAUUAAUACCAUGAACAAAUUACAAUUCCAUUACAACAAUAAUUGGGUUCCACAACUUUUGUCAUAUCAAACUAAACCGGAAGUUCAAAAAACUUUUUAACCUUUAAAGACUGCGAUACAGCCAAUGGCUUCCCCGGAAAAGGAGAAGAAGACGAAGCAGGAGCUGCUGCCUUCACCUCCCGAUGAUUUGUCAUUGAGCUGCUUUGCACGCAUCUCAAGAUUGUACCAUCCAACUCUCUCCCUUGUCUCCAAGAUUUUUUCUUCUUUCCUUGCUUCACCGGAGCUAUACAAGACCCGAUCACUCUUGGGCUGCACCAAGACUUGUCUCUACGUUUGCUUUCAGUCCGCUACUAAAUGUAGUUGGUUCACCCUCUGCCGCAAGCCUGACCAAACCACCCAAGCCAAAUCAAAUGGGUACGUUUUAGCUCCAGCCUCCACUCUCCAUACUCCGCAUGCGAUGCCAAUGUCCUCGGGUAUUGUAGCGGUUGGUUCUGAUAUCUACAACAUCGGAUCUUCCUCCUCCUCUAGAGUCUUGAUUCUUGAUUGUCGGUCUCACACGUGGCACGAGGGUCCAAGCUUGUGUGUCAAGCUACAUACACUCUCUGCUAGCGUUGUUGAUCGAAAGAUAUAUGUAGCAGGAGUCCAAUUCUACGCCUUGAAGAACUCAUUCAAGGUGUUGGACACUCUAAAACCACAAGUUGUUUGGGAUGAUCAUGUGCCGCCCAUCAGCGAGACGACAACAUGAGAAGCGCAUGUCUUGACGGAAAGUUCCACGUGGCGACUAAAAACUAUAAGGUGGUGUGUUACAACUCCUAGAAAGGUAAGUGGGAUGAUCUGACCAGCAGCGGAAAGAUGACUUCCUUUUGGUUCAAAGAUUGUUAUUGCGUGAUAGAGAAUGUGUUGUACUCUGUUAACGACUGUACCUUCAGAUGGUACGACACCGAGGUAAACAUGUGGAGAGAGGUUUGAAGGAAAACUACCUAAUUUUGAUGGUGGCGUCUCUGUUACAUUGGCUGAUUAUGGUGGCAAGAUGGUUGUCCUGUGGGACCAGAAUACUGGUAAUCACAAAAGGAACAAACAGAAUAGGAAAAAAAAAAGGGCAAAUCUC